GGAGAGAAGGAAGGAGAUCGACUGAGACCCAGAGGUGCUGAAGACCCAGAGAGCGCUGGAAGAGCCACUCAGGAUCUUUUGGGGGAACCCAACAAAUGUGAACAUGGGGUCUAUCACCGGAGCUGUCCUCAAGACGCUACUUCUGUUAUCUACUCAAAAUUGGAACAGGGUCAUAGCUGGGAAUUCCUAUGAUUGUGAUGAGCCUCUGGUGUCCACCUUGUCUCAGGCAUCAUUCAGCAGUUCGUCCGAACUUUCUAGCAGUCAUGGUGCUGGAUUUGCAAGACUAAAUCGAAGAGAUGGAGCUGGUGGCUGGUCUCCACUUGUGUCAAACAAAUACCAGUGGUUGCAGAUUGACCUUGGAGAGAGAAUGGAGACCACCGCUGUGGCCACCCAGGGGGGAUACGGGAGCUCCAACUGGGUGACCAGCUACCUCCUGAUGUUCAGCGACAGUGGCAGGAACUGGAAACAAUAUCGACAAGAAGACAGCAUCUGGGGCUUUUCAGGAAAUGCAAAUGCCGACAGUGUUGUUUACUAUAGACUCCAGCCUUCCAUCAAAGCCCGAUUUCUGCGCUUCAUUCCUUUAGAGUGGAACCCCAGGGGCAGAAUCGGAAUGCGGAUCGAGGUGUUCGGAUGUGCAUACAGAUCAGAGGUGGUUGAUCUUGAUGGAAAAAGUUCCCUUCUCUACAGAUUUGACCAAAACUCCCUGAGCCCAGUAAAGGAUAUUAUUUCUUUGAAAUUUAAAACUAUGCAGAGUGAUGGAAUUCUGCUCCACCGGGAAGGGCAAAACGGAGAUCACAUCACACUGGAAUUAAGAAGAGGAAGGCUCUUUUUACUUAUUAAUUCAGGUGAAGCCAGACUGCCCUCAGCGCACACGCUCAUCAAUCUCACCCUGGGCAGCCUGAUGGACGAUCAGCACUGGCACUCCAUGCUCCUCCAGCGCGUGGGCAGACAAGUCAACUUUACAGUAGAUGAGCACAGGCACCGUUUCCACGCCCAGGGAGAGUUCAGUUACCUGGACCUUGAUUAUGAGAUCAGCUUUGGAGGGAUUCCAGCACCUGGAAAAUCAGUAUCAUUCCCCCAUAAGAAUUUUCAUGGGUGUCUAGAAAACCUCUUUUAUAAUGGAGUAGAUAUCAUUGAUUUGGCCAAGCGACAAAAACCGGAGAUCAUCGCUACGGGCAAUGUGUCGUUUUCCUGUUCACAAUCACAGUCUGUGCCUGUGACUUUUCUCAGCCCCAAGAGUUACUUAGCCCUGCCAGGCUUUUCCAGGGAGGACGAGCUUUCGGCCAUGUUUCAAAUUCGAACCUGGAAUAAGGCAGGACUUCUGCUAUUCAGCGAACUUCACCUGGUUUCAGGGGGUCUCCUCCUCUUUCUUAAUGAUGGAAAACUUAGGCUGAAUCUCUACCAGCCAGGAAAAUUACCCAGUGACAUCACAGCAGGUGUUGGAUUAAAUGACGGGCAGUGGCAUUCCAUCUCUUUAUCUGCCAAACGGAAUCACUUGAGUGUGGCCGUAGAUGGCCAAGUGGCCUCUGCCACUUCUUCCCUGGGGCCCGAGCAGAUUUAUUCAGGUGGUACCUAUUAUUUCGGAGGUUGCCCUGACAACAGCUUCGGAUCCAAAUGUAAAAAUCCAGUGGGUGGAUUUCAGGGGUGUAUGAGACUCAUUUCUAUCGGUAACAAGGUGGUAGAUCUGAUUUCAGUUCAGCAGGGGUCCGUUGGAAACUUCAGUGACCUUCAGAUAGACUCCUGUGGAAUCACAGACAGGUGUUUGCCCAACUAUUGUGAACACGGUGGUGAAUGUUCCCAGUCGUGGAGCACCUUUCACUGCAACUGUACAAACACUGGCUACACAGGAGCUACCUGCCACAACUCUAUCUAUGAGCAGUCAUGUGAAGCCUAUAAGCACAGAGGAAAUACUUCAGGGUUUUACUAUAUAGAUUCAGAUGGAAGCGGUCCCCUGGAGCCCUUUCUUCUAUAUUGCAAUAUGACUGAAACUGCAUGGACGGUCAUACAGCACAAUGGCUCUGACUUAACAAGAGUCAGAAACACUAACCCAGAGAACCCAUACGCUGGGUUUUUCGAGUACGUGGCCAGCAUGGAGCAGCUCCAGGCCACAAUUAACCUUGCGGAGCACUGUGAACAGGAGCUUACCUACUACUGCAAGAAGUCACGACUUGUCAAUAAACAAGAUGGAAACCCUCUGAGUUGGUGGGUUGGAAGAACCAAUGAAACACAAACGUACUGGGGAGGUUCUUUGCCUGAUCCUCAGAAAUGUACUUGUGGAUUAGAAGGGAACUGCAUUGAUUCUCAGUAUUACUGCAACUGUGAUGCUGACCGGAAUGAAUGGACCAAUGACACUGGAUUCCUUUCUUACAAAGAGCAUCUGCCAGUGAGGAAGAUAGUGGUUACAGACACGGGCCGACCGCACUCAGAAGCAGCUUAUAAACUGGGACCUCUCCUCUGCCGGGGAGACAGGUCAUUUUGGAAUUCAGCUUCCUUCAAUACUGAGGCCUCAUACCUUCAUUUUCCUACUUUCCAUGGAGAACUUAGUGCAGAUGUAUCUUUCUUUUUUAAGACAACAGCUUCAUCUGGGGUAUUUUUAGAGAACCUGGGGAUUACCGAUUUUAUAAGGAUAGAGCUACGCUCUCCAGCAGUAGUGACCUUUUCAUUUGACGUGGGGAAUGGGCCUUUCGAAAUCUCGGUGCAGUCACCCAAGCACUUCAACGACAACCAGUGGCACCAUGUCAGGGUGGAAAGGAACAUGAAGGAGGCGUCUCUUCAAGUGGACCAGCUCUUACCGAAGAUGCAGCCUGCUCCCGCCGACGGGCACGUCCUCUUACAGCUCAACAGUCAGCUCUUCGUGGGUGGAACGGCCACCAGACAGAGGGGCUUUCUGGGCUGCAUUCGGUCUCUGCAGCUGAACGGAAUGUCGCUGGACCUGGAAGAAAGAGCUAAGGUGACUCCCGGAGUGGAGCCGGGUUGCAGAGGGCACUGCAGCAGCUACGGAAAGUUGUGUCAGAAUGGAGGCAAAUGCAGAGAAAAGCUCAGUGGGUUCUCUUGUGACUGCACCUUCUCUGCGUAUACAGGGCCUUUCUGCUCCAAAGAGAUUUCUGCAUAUUUUGGAUCUGGCUCAUCUGUGAUUUACAAUUUUCAAGAAAAUUAUUCCUUAAAUAAAAAUUCCAGCUCCCACGCUGCUUCAUUUCAUGGCGAUAUGAAGCUGAGCAGAGAAAUGAUCAAAUUUAGCUUUCGAACAACACGAGCACCAAGCUUACUGCUUUAUGUGAGCUCCUUUUAUAAAGAAUACCUUUCAGUUAUCAUUGCCAAAAAUGGAAGUUUGCAGAUCAGGUACAAGCUAAAUAGAUAUCAAGAACCUGAUGUCGUUAACUUUGAUUUCAAAAACAUGGCGGAUGGACAGCUUCACCAUGUAGAGAUUAACAGAGAAGAAGGAGUGGUCUUUGUAGAGAUUGAUGAGAAUGCAAAGAGACAAGUCCACCUGUCAUCAGGUACAGAAUUCGGUGCCAUCAGGUCUCUUGUACUGGGCAGGAUUUUAGAACACAGUGAUAUAGACCAGGAGACGGCACUGGCCGGCGCGCAGGGCUUCCUGGGCUGUCUCUCUGCCGUGCAGCUCAGCCACGUGGCCCCGCUGAAGGCUGCGUUGCAGCCCAGCCACCCGGCCCCCAUCACCGUCUCGGGACAUGUGACAGAGUCCAGCUGUAUGGCCCAGGCCGGCACUGACGCCACACUGAGAGAAAGGACACACUCGUUUGCAGAUCAUUCGGGAACAAGAGGUGACAGACAACCCCAUGCUAAUGCGAUCAGAAGUGACUCUGCAGUGAUUGGAGGUUUGAUAGCUGUUGUGGUCUUUAUCUUGCUGUGCAUUGCUGCCAUAGCCGUUCGCAUUUAUCAGCAGAAAAGGUUAUACAAAAGGAAUGAGGCAAAAAGGUCAGAGAAUGUAGACAGUGCCGAGGCUGUUUUGAAAAGUGAGCUUAAUGUACAAAGCGCAGUCAAUGAAAAUCAGAGAGAGUACUUCUUCUGAUGGGCGGCUGUGACUUAACUUGCAGUUCCGACGGUCUGUUCUAAUAGCCAGGGGCUCUCAGUGGACAAGAAAACGCUCUUUCACUGAACGUACAGGCACUGGAUUUGCAGCUCUGCCAUCUUGCCAUAGCCAGACUCGAGGUGGCUUCAGGAGGCCUCGUGCAGUGACGUCUUUCCCAUAGCAGUCGUUCCAUAGAACAAAGAAUUUGCUAUUGCUCUUAAUUUCCA